AUGGAACGUAUCGCUGGAGAGCUCGGCGUGGAUAUUGCCCACCUUCCGACAGCGAUCAUGCGCAACAAAGUCAUGCGAGUGAAGGAUCGCCUAGACGUGGGAGAACAAUCGGGUGUCGUCUAUCAGAUCCUAUGUCGGGACUGUCCUCGCCACUACACAGGACAGACCGGACGACUUAACUCACGAACAACGGAGCACAAUCGGGCGUUCCGAAGAGGCGAUCGGGUGUCUCAGGUUGUCACUCACACCCUGGAGGAAGGCCAGGAAUUCAACUUUGCGAGCACGCGAAUAGUAGCUCGGGCCAGCAACAAGACAGGGCGAGAACUGUUGGAGGCCUGGGUGUCUGACACCAACUCUAUUAACAGACAUGUUGACAUGCCCCUCUGUUAUUACGCGCUCCGUUCCCGCGGCCAAGAGGCGAGACCCAAUUCACGGUCAAGGGUGCACGCAGUCACGCCACCGUGAGACGGCGUGGGACUCAGCUUAUCGCGAAUACCACCCUCGGCACUCAUAUCCCCCCCUUUCAUGGCUUGACUACAAAAACUGCUCAUUUGAUGUCGCAUUCUCACAGUCUCUGACGAUGGCCUCCUGUACGAGACCGAAAGCUCAGACUAAUACACCUACUGUCCCAGAGAUCGCAUGUUCAUUUUCUUUACAGAAAAUUGUUCAGUCGUUGUUGCACUCUCAUAGUUUCAGAAAGUGGACUCGCAUAUAAGUCCGAAAUCUCAGACUGAUAUAAUUACCGUUCCAGUGAUCGCACGUUCUUCUUCUGCUUCUUCUUCCUUCUCCUCUUCUUUAGACGACGAGCAUAUGGCACUUGAGCACACCAGCCCUCAACCAAUACGACCUAGGCUGCUAGACAUGGAACGCCUGGGCUUGCUCCCCACAAGCCUAUUAAAGUAGCUAAUGUCAAGGUCUCUCUCUUAGCUCACGACCUGGCCUCACCCGCGGCCAUCGCGGACAAAGGCAGCAACUCUGGAUUCAGCUCACGAGAGACCCCCUCCUUCGUGUGUUUUUCAUCAUAUCCUGUUCAUUGAUUUCGGUACUCAAAGUUCGCCCACUAAAUCAGCCGCUGCAAUCAGUUCAUAAGUUAAACUUCAGUUAGAUAUGGCAAUGUAGCCGCACCUGAGGUAAACUAACCUCAGUCACCUGUAAUACGGGACCGGUUAUAAUAGGGGUUUUUACAGAUGAAGCCGGGAAGCGCACAGGCAACGGGGUCAAGUAGUUGUAUGCGUGGUCUUACUUCGAGCGGUUGCCAAACAGUUUCCUAACUGCUAACCCAUGACCAUAAAACCAACCCUAAUCCGAACCCUUUAACUCUAACCCUAACCCUUGACUGCAGCCCUAAACUCUUACCCUGAAACAUUCAACGCGAAAGUUGGAAGGAGAUGGACGGCCAAAAGUCAAGAAGGGCCACCGGCAUUGGGCCAAAAAAAGUAGAAACGGCAACAAAGAAACAAGACCGCUAACAGAACAUACACAGCAACGAACAGUAACACAAUGCCAACGUAAUCACACCAACUCGAAAUAAUUAAGUAGGCCAACAGUAUUGUGUCCAUCAGGUGCGGUCACAUAACCACAUCUUACCUAAACUUCGCUUGAACCACCUAGAGAAGUGGGAAGCGCUGGUAUAUCCCAGGGCUACCCUCCAUUUCCUAAAAGUCCACCCAAACAGAAUUGAAAGCUCCAGGGAGCAGGGAAUUUUUCAGAGUCCAAGAUUUGGUCAGACGCAGCGAUCGAUAUUCCAUCCUGAUGUUAACCAGAUUACUGACGAAAACAGCCUCCCGUCGACACAGAACGCCUGCAUCCUAGCUAGCGCGCAGCAUCCUUUAAAGUCCCCAUACGCCGAAUACAUAGCCUAAGCCGACUUUCAUUUUUGCCGGGUUUGCUACAACCCAGGCAGCGAUGUUACGGGCGACCGCUCUAGAACACCCACCAGCCCACAAAAUUUCGCCUGGAGACGGAGUAAGUCCUCUGUUUCUCCUCGUCCUCAAACCCGCUAGGUAAGUCUCUCACAUCCCCGCAGCUUUAUGGUGUUUGAGUACGUUCGCUGUGGCGAGGGGAAUGGUAGACUAGGCGUCGUUGUUUUGAAUGAGAUAGAAGCCACCCUGUUGUCGACACCAAACAUUCUCUGCCUGCCCAGUAGGAGGUCACGUGAUAAAACGAAACUACACGUAAACCGGUUUGGAGGCAGAGGCAAUCGCUUAGCUGCGCCGACUUAUUUCACGUGCCAUAUUUAGGGGCACGUGCAUCGGUGACUACAGUCACAGCGUAAGCGGCAAAACGGUGGCAAACCUUCAGCUACACCUUGCGAGUAGUCGAGGCGGCGUGCAUCUCGCGAGCACAGCCUGAUGGCGCUUUUGGUGACAAUGAUGUUGCUGCUGCCGCUGCUGCUGCUGAUGACGAUAGUAGUGGUGAUGAUGAUGAUGGUGGUGGUGGUGGUGGUGGUGGUGGUGAUGUUGCUGCUACUACUACUACUACUACCACUACUACUACUACUACUACUACUACUACUACCACUACUACUACAACUACUACUACUACUACUGAUGAUGAUGAUGACGACGACGACGACGACGAUGAUGAUGAUGAUGAUGAUGAUGAUGAUGAUGAUGAUGAUGAUGAUGAUGAUGAUGAUGAUGAUGAUGAUGAUGAUGAUGAUGAUGAUGAUGAUGAUGAUGAUGAUGAUGAUGAUGAUGAUGAUGAUGAUGGUGAUGAUGAUGAUGAUGAUGAUGAUGGGCGAUGUCAGUUGGAGACCACAGUGGUUUUCCGGGUGAAGUUCAUGUGGCAUAUUUUCGUUGAGGAGAUUGGGAGGGAUGCGCGCGAAGAUUUUACGAAAACGGUGCUCAGCCAGAUUCCUCUGUGACUGUCACAGAAUUGCUGGUCCUCUUCCCUUUUGUGCAGAUGGUGUUGUCCUCGAAAUCCAGGGGGUAAAAAAGAGUCAAUUGCUCCUUCAGACGGAAGACGAUGAAUCUCUUCUCGCUCAAAUUUCUCAUCUAUGUUAGCGUGCCUAUGAGAUUUGUCGCUACAGGUCAGGAAACAAACGAGGAGCCUGGACGCGAGAACGCAGACUUAAGUCCACUAAAGGAAUCGCAUCACUUUUGGGGGGUCGAAGAAAGUCAUGGCCAAGUAAGACAUCGGCGUACAAAUCCAGCGGAGCCGAUGGCUCGAUCUUUUAGUAAACGGUAUCUUUAUAUUUAGUUGAGACGGGAACAUACAAUAGAAGCGAAGAGACGAGUCCCAGGAAGUAGUCUUGAAGAAGGAGACACGAUCGCUGGGACAAGAGCUUCACUACCCUGCGUUUCGGAUUCCUACUCGAAACCAUCAUCAGAUACAAAAGCAGAUACGAGUGGUUCAUGCACAAGGGACUGCAGUAUUUAUAGGAUGCAGUCGCCAUGCUACCGCAUACCUAUGAAUGUUCACGACUCCCCCCCCCCUUCAUCCGGGAUCGUCGCACUUGGUGUGCUUAUUGUUUGAUGGUCGACAUUCGCGUCGUUAAUUGUCGCAAUUUCGUCACGUGCGUUGGGUGUUGGUGUGAUGAUUGCUCUACCAUCUGGUCCACCGACCCUGGAGUUGUGGAAAGUGUUCACUUGUGCGCUCCCCGCGUGGCUAAUUACUCCGCCUAGGCGAAGUCUCAGCACCGAGUAUGGAGUGGGAAGUUCAUUGCACUUGCUAAUGGACUGGGGGCCAGUAAACCAUGAUUAAAGUAGCUCACGCGAUUGUCACCUCUUGCGAGAAUUUCGGCCUCGUCGAAUUUGCAGCAGUGGAAUCAAUCCUUUGUCAGACGGAGGCAACGAAGGAGACUAAGAACCUCAUCCGACACCAAGUGUCGUCUCUCCUGAUGGCCCACAGGCCGCAGGAAGUGCGUUUCAAAGUCGAACGUGAUGCGCUUAGAGAACUCAAGGCCGAUAAAGACCUGGUCAUCGUGCCAGCGGACAAAGGACGCGCCACCGUUGUACUGGACAGGACAGACUACCUUCAAAAAGCCAAAGGUUUACUGGAGAACCGACAGUUCUAUGUCCCAUGUGCAACGAACCCUUUAAAGGCGCUGACACGCGAAAUUAAUAUUACGUCGUUGGCCUUGCAGAACUCAGGUGCAAUAACACCGACCGACAGACGCAUGGCAAGACCCCAAAAUACGGCUUUGGCCCGAUUCUAUGGCCUCCCUAGGGUGCACAAAGACGGCGCUACUCCUUGACCCAUCGUGUCGCUCAAAGGGACUCCAACGUAUGGACUGGCUAAAUGGCGGUUCCGGCGUCUCAAGUUCCUGACCGCUGAGUCAGACACCACGGUCUCUUCGUCAGCACAAUUCCUGGAGAAACUCAAAGGGGUAAGCAUCCAUCCAAAUGACGUCAUGGUAUCUUUUGAUGUUACAUCCCUUUUUACUUCUAUUCCCCAGGACCUGGCGAUCGAGACAAUUGAACUGCUACUACAAAGCAAAUACGAUGAAACGGAUAACCGUCUUGGACACGCCCAAAUCCUUCAGCUCCUGAAGUUCUGUCUCAGGACGUACUUCAGGUUCGACGGGACAAUCAACGAACAGGUGAAGGGCACACCAAUGGGUUCGCCGAUUUCGGGAUUCAUCGCCGAGGCGGCCCUACAACGGUUAGAGUCGCUGGUCUUCAAACAGCACAAACCGAAGUUCUGGGCCCGGCAUGUGGAUGAUACCUUCGUCGUCAUCGAACGGAAUCAGGCGCUGACAUUCAAAAAACAUCUCAACGCCGUCGUACCGAACAUUCAGUUUACGAUGGCCAUCCUAGAUGUCCUCGUAAGUCGCAAGGAUUGUGGUGGACUAAAGCGCAAAGUGUUCAGGAAAGAGACAAACACGAUGCAAGUACUGAACUUCAACAGCAACCACCCAAUCAGCCACAAACGCAAUUGUGUAAGGACGCUCUAUCCGCGUGUCGAAACGCACUGCAGUGAGCCGGAAGACAAGAUCGCCAAACUACAAUACCUCCAACGGGUCGUCAAAGUCAAUGGCUACCCGCGCAACUUCGUCAACCGGUGCAUACGCAAAAGGGACGAAAGGCCUAACCGUACGGACACCAAAUCUUGGCGGGCGCUUCCGUCUGUCAAGAACGUUUCGGAAGCUUUGGCCGCCUUUUCGCACCACUUGGGGUUGGAGUUGCACACAAACCGGAGGUAACCAUCAGGCGUCUGGUAAUGAAACCGAAAGACCCACUGUCACGGCAAGAAACGUCUGGAGUCGUUUACCGGAUCUGGUGCAGUUGCGGACAGAGCAACUACGUCGGAGAAACCGGAAGGCAGCUCCAAACGAGAAUGGCCAAACACGCUGCAGCGGUGCGGAGAAAUGACGCCAGCUCUCAAGUUGCGGCUCAUUCGACGGGUUCCGGACACACACUCAAAUUUGACGAGGCCGAAAUUCUCGCAUGAGGUGACAACCGCGUGAGCCGGGAGCUACUUGAAUCAUGGUUUACUGGUCCCCAUUUCAUAGGUAUGCGGUAGCAUGGCGACUGCAUUCUAUAAAUACUGCAGCCCCUUGUGCGUGAAUCACCCGUAUAUGCUGUUGUCUCUGAGGACGGAUUCGAGCAGGAAUCCGAAACGUCAGGCUAAUAAAGCUCUUAUCCCGGCGAUCGUGUCUCCUUCUUCACGGGAACAUACGCCUUCGUGGCGCUGAUUAGGACAGUGGUGGUCAUGGAUAUCGUAGUGCGGGUAAGGAAUAUUUGCAGGGAACGGCCCUCAUCUUCUCUUAUUCCUCUCUGAGACUUGCGAGGAUGUCGUCCACCAAUCUACCGACGCACAGCGACUUUGAAUCAGUAGUUGCGAAGUAUUAGUGACGAGGGCAAGAGGUACUACAUUCUCCGAAAAUACUUGUUGAUUACGACAGCGGCCUGAAAUGAUUCGCCAUGCUGCUCGAGGAUUUAACGAGACGAGGGGAUCUGACUUAAAUAACCGAGCCCGGAGUGAAAACCCAGAUAAAUAUUGCAAGAGCUUUGUUGGAGAUAUCAGAAAGACCACUAUCACAGAAAUGUUCACAAAUUAAUCCGUCACUCCUCGAGAUGAUCAGGGCAAUCACAGCAGUUGAACGUUUGUCAGCCCCUGGUUCUGCUUUAAAAGUAUUAAAUUAUAAGUCAGCGUUAGCGAGGACAAUCGCGCUCGCCCUCACUUAACAUGCUCCGUAGCACUCAUGCUGUGAUGAAUAAGUUUAUUAUCCAUGUAAUCAUGGUGGUCUGGAGAUAAAAUACCGAAAAGAUGUGUCUGCUAAUCCACUUUCCAAUCGUAAUAUGGGAAUUUUUGCCGAAAACUUCGACCUCUUGAAACCGCCUUUUUGAAGACAAAAAGUUCAGCACUGAAACGUCUAGACAUUAAUAGAUUUGUUUUGAUGCAAGAUUUUCAUUUUGGGAUUUACUUAAAGCUUUCAUGCAGGAGAUUCCAUUCUAAAAAAGACACGGAAAUCAGUUGUAAGCAGCUCUAGGGAACAUUAGCAUAUUGGACCCUUGGUUUACUGGGACGAUCGUAUCCAGGACACCAGAUUGAAAUCUUUUCCUACCUUGGUGGUAUUGUCGUCCGUUAAAUGAAGCUUUCUCAACUCUUUUUGAGAAGAUGAGAAAGUGCAUACGAGUUAGAGUGACAUGGACCGUCGACAAGUCCCGACUGAAAGUCACCUAACGUGGGAGCAGGGAGUAAGCUGAUUAUAUUUUCUGAUCCAAAUUAUGCCAACGAGUCGUAUUUACAGGAUCUCGCGCAAAAAAGUGAGCAACUCGUUCUGGGAGUACUUCCUAGUCGAAAGGUUUCGUGGUCCCCACAUGUAUCACAGGCGAUGCAAUCCAAACCUGUCCUCAUGCAAUCAAAAUCUUGCGGAAUGACUAGACUGAGUACCUAGAAACUGCUGGAGGGCAGGUAGUCCGUUUCAAGGUCAGUUCUUCCAAUGGGACGACCGACUCUCACUGUGUGACGAUAGUUCUUGAGUUGGAACAAACGCGCACGAAAAACAUAGAUUUGAUCCCCUGCAUUAUGUAAGCAAUGGUGGCUAAUACACCACCAUCCCGCUAGAAACUGCGUCCGACUAUCACCCCCUUCACCUCGUAAGCUCAAUUUAUUUUAGUCAAACACAGAAUCUAUGGAGCGAAGAACUUUUCUUUCUGGCACACACAGCGGUCAAAAAAGGAGUAGAGACGACCAAUCGAUUCACAGCACUUCGUUGGUGCAAAAAACCACUUUCAAAGAGCAUCGUCGCACCGUCGUUGUGGUGAUGGCCUAAACAUGCGAAAUCCCGGUUGAGAAAUUCUGCCCGUAUGUAUCUAUUCGGCCAGAUGCGUAUCCUACACAGCGAAAUUCAACACGACGACAUACCGAGCCCACCUUGCACAUCCGUCAACCCUCCCAUCUCCAGCACUGCUCUCCCACUCUCCAUCCACUAGUGCUGUUGCCAUCAACAGCAUCAUCACUUAAACCGGCUCAGAUGCUCUCAACCUAUCAUGCCCACGCUGCCACCGCACAUGCACAUCACGCAUCAGCCCGGUCGGUUACUUGCGACUUUGUCGUACGGAAACUGGCGAAACAGUCCUAUGAGCGCCAACGUACGCCCGUCGCCAUCGUCUCAGCUGCCCACAUGCAUUUGGUCAUCGUAUGGGCCUACUCAGUCUCAAGUCAGUCUGCGGUAAACCAUCGCAGACCGGACCCAACCACCACAUACACCACAAACGUGCCCAUCCCACAUCACCCAGCAUGGGCGCAAAAUAGGUCCCUCCCCUCCUAGUGAGAAUCGCUAUCUGCAUGCGGCCUCUAUGGCAUUAUAAUGCACGUGAAAUCUGAGCAUCGCACCGCUUCUGUGUGAAAAUCUGGCAUUUUGCGGAGGCCAGGCUCCCAAUCCAAUGGUGAGGGAUGAGAGGUAGACUCUCAGCACGCGUUCCUCAUUAAAAAACAAACUGAUGCGCUAAUAGCUGUGGCCCGGAAGUCUGCCAAGUGACAGUGUAACUCGAUCCUCAUCUCAGACGGAUAGUCAGGCUGCAAUGGCACUCUACUAAUUUGAUCUGUUUAACAAUCCUAGCAAGUUGGGAGCCCCUUUCUCCCUCGUGUGAAAACCUGGUCCUUUUCGGUGGGCAUGCGUAGAUGAACUGCUUGGUUUGGGCAGUCAAUGUACCCGAUCCCACCCCUGGUCUUUUUGACUCUAUCUUGACACCGGGCUCAGGAUGGUGAGGGAACAGAAGGGUGUGAUGGACUUAGGUCAAAUCCACCAUCACCGAAAACAAACUUGCCCCUGCGCACGCCCUGCUGUGGGCACAUGUGCGCAUUGUCGGUGAGGACAGUCGAAAUGUCAGGAAAUUGAGUGAAACUAAGUGGAAUGAUUUACCGGUCAUCAAAGAUGGUGGUAUAGACAUCAAAAAAUCGACGCGGUCUGUGCACACCAACGGACUAAUGCGGCGAAUUCUCCCAUAGGAAACGAAAGGGGAGGACCGCUAACCUGGUUCCCAUCAAAUUAGAGACAGAGGUGUGGGUCGCAGGAAGUCGAUUCUAACACAGAGAUAGAAUCGAUUCUGGCCUCAUUGUGAAUCUCGCCUACCACAGGACGAAUUCUUGCAGCACACUAAUGGAGGGUCCCCCUGAAGGAUUACAUUGACUCUGGCGACUUCACCUUAGUCGGAUGACUGUCGGUCCGUUCACCACCCGCACAAGUCCUCCCUAAAAUGUUGUCAGGUUUUAAAAGUCGGUACUACCCGCUUACUUGUCUUCCAUUAAUCAAAAAUAUUCUUUUGAAGACCGCACCCUUUCAAAGAGCGCAACAUUCUGCACUGUCUACUUGGUGCGAAGAAUAGUGGGAAAUAAAUCCGUUCGUACCGAACACCGCGGAAAGAGGUAACUUUAUGCAUCCUCAUUAAACCAAUGUCAGAGUUUACUAGGAAACAAUGAUCCUUAAAUGCCGAUGUAAGUAACAACGAUAAAAGAAGUGGUGCCGGGACCGCGGUGACCGCAUUUGAGGAAUGUUACUUGGUAAGAACCAAAUGUCUUAAAAUCAAGUUAGCCAGACCGAAGCCGACGGUAGUGACUAUUGAACAGUAAAAAGACACGGAUGCGAUGUACGGCAAGAGCAAGUCAGUGCGAUCGCGGACAUAUACAUAAAUAAAGCAGGCCUCAGUGUUAGAAUUCAGGUUAUCCCAUUAAAAUACCUCAGUCCUUUAGGCCACGUUCCUCGUGGGUCAGAAGGGCGGCUACCGAGCAAAACUCGUCUUAUCAGUGAGAAAGACUAGUUGGCGAGCAAACGUUUGCUUUUGAUGAAUUCUCGCCAGGCAAGGCACGAGACCGCGUGAAACAUGUAAGUGAAUAGAUAAGUCAAUUAAAGGUGGCAUUACGGAAGUAGUUGUGCUAACUCCCGGUGGAGUCACUGGGAAUCCCUAUCUGUGGUUAGGAAAUUCGACAUGGUACCAGAGGGGAGUUUUCGUGUUUGUGGAAAUGUUGACCACUCUUCCAUCGCGAUUUCAGUUUGAGCCUGAUAUUUCGCAAUAACUUGCUCAUCUUAGAACAUGUCCCCCGAAUGCUCUCUACUUCUGCCGGUGUUUCUCAGAUCCUUUUUGUUGAUAUCUUAAUGUAACACUUCACAACGCUCUAGCAAUUUGUUGAUCGAAUUCUCGACGAUGUCAGUCCCCUUCACUCUAAAUUAAUGAAUGCUAAAUCUUUCCGAUCCAUGUUCUGUGGCCUCGAGCAUAUUUCUUACGUACAUUAGUACGCCGGCUUUCAGUAUUAUCAUCGUUGGUACGAUACAUAACGUGUAAAAGAGACAGAAACACAGGAAUUGAAACUCGAACUGUUCCCAUACAGUUUUUGUGCAAACCCAUUCAAUCCUUUGUCUAUUCAUUUGUAUUCUAGCUACCUGGGGCACGUUCUUCUUGAACGCUGUCCAAUAAUGUCCUUAGGAUAAGGUGCAUUACUUCCCCUCCACUUGUAAACAACAUACGCAACCGAACGAACGGACGACUGACACUGGCAACUCGUAAUAUAGCAUCAGCGUAACAGUCCCAGAAGCACGCGUUGGCGCGCUAAUGACAUGGCAGGGACAGGUUUGCAGUUACGGAGGACGAGAAACCCGCGCAAUCGGCAUAACUGUAUACAAUGAAAAAGGAGAAUCAGAAGAAGGAAAAUAUGGGGACAGACCGUCGUGACAGUUCGUAUAUUCGUAUAGUAAAACAACAUCUCCGUCUAGUCUUCUAUGCGACCUACGCCUACGCCACUAACCACAUUAGUCAGCAAGUGUACGCCAAAGCCAUAUGCCACGAGGGACGGCAUACAAAACGACCCAAAAAUGACGGUUACAAAGACAAAGGCAUGAGAAUCUUAAAUUUUAAUGAACAUUACCAGUCCAAGUAAAAGACAAAUGAGACAAAUUAAAGUUCCUUCAACUCAUCAGGCAAGUCGUUUUUCGGAUGCUUGCUUUCAAAGUGCAUUUUGUAGGUCUUUGGGUCCGGCAUUUGAGCCUUACAAACUACGCACGAAAAGGCCAAUCCGGCAGCCGCAGUCUUUUUGUGGUCGGCUGCCGAAUGCUUUUUCUGUUGUGCCUGAUUUCGUUCCUUAGCCCUUUGCUGUGACUGGAUCUUCUGCAGACCACGAGCCAUACCGGCCGCCACAAACCAAAACUUCCGCAAGACUGGGAAAUUGAGCUUUUAACCAACCCGCUUAAAAAAUCUGGUUCUUAACUUCUAAGCAAAGAAUGCUUAAUAGUCCGUUUCCCUUAUUGUAACAGUGGCAUUUCUAAAAGCUACUGAGAAUAAUGCAGUCAGAGGAAGCGAUGCACAGGUGAACCCCGGUAUCCACAGGGGUAAGAGGUCAUGGCUACUUCCAACUACCUGAAAUCCAUAAACGCUACAGACCUGCAGCAGGCAGCCAUCAUGACGGGUCUAGUACCAUUGUUCAGGACUUCGCUGCCUCAAAGUCAUUCGUCCCUUGCAAAAAGCCGCUUCAGACGCGCUAAAAUGAAUUAACUCGACCGACUUCAGCUCGGGCACAACUGUGUCCUCACUGUGUCGCGGCUACCCAUGCGCCACUUGAACGCAACUCACCCUGCAACAGCAGCCUAAGCCACUGGGGCACCACACCUCGAAAAACGCAGCACACACGGAUUGGACAUUAACUGAGCUUAGCCCACGAGUCUACAAGAGCGGCUGCCAUCACUGUCUCAUUGAAUCUCAGGCAUGACUGAAUACAGUCAACACCAGUCCGGGAUUCGCCAGUGGCUACUGCCGCCUGAGGGGACAAGUCAGGGUUAUGUAUGCAUUCAACGUCUCAUUCUGAUGCCCUCCGUCCUCCCCUACAACUUGGGACCCGACCUGGUGGUUUUAGCGCUCAGAGCACUUACUCUCGCCUCCUAGCUUCAACAGACCAAUGUAAAAACGCUCAUAAAUGUCUCGAAACUUUUCUCUAGAAAAAUACGAACUCUCCGAAAGACGCAGCAUCCCAUACUCUGAGACGCUCUCGGAAAUCCCAUACUUGAUGCCCAGUUAAUCGCUGAUAACUUCAAUGAUUUCCCGUCUAAAACUUUAACUGACGACUCGACCACUCCGCUUCCGACCAUCCAGUCACUGACUGGGGCAGUUCUAGAAUCUAUAUCUUUCACUCUGUGGGAUGUGACUGUUGCGAUUCGGCGUUUUCGUCAAUCUUAUAGUCCAGGACCUGAUGGUGUCCCAACAAGCAUUUUAAAAGCCGAUGCAAACACGAUCUUCCCAUCCCUCUUGUGCAAGAUAUUUAAUCUUGCUCUUGAAACUGAAACCUAUCCUACCCUGCCGAAGGAAUCACACAUUUUGCUCAUUCCUGAGCCCGGCAAAUCUACAUCAUUUGAUGACUUUCGGCCAAUAAACACCCUCCCCGCAGUGUCGAAGAUCUUAAAGACAUUGAUCAAAGAUAAGAUGAUGUGUCACUUAACAGUAAAUAACUUACUGAGUGAUGCUCAGCAUGGAUUCCUCAAAGCUCGAUCUUGUGACACCUGUCAACUCUCUUUCUUCGACUAUGUUCUCCAAUCUAUGGACCACGGUUUCGCACUUUACAUAGUUUAUUUUGAUUUCACUAAUGCUUUGGUCGUGUUGAUUAUGCUCUUCUUCUCUUGAAACUGUCCUCUUUCGGAAUAGGUGGUAAACUUUUAAAUUUUAUAUCCUCUCACCUGGGCACUCGUACACAACGAGUUAAGAUUUCCAAUACUACCUCCAACCCCACACGAGUGAGGAGUGGAGUCAUUCGGGGAAGUGUACUCGGCCCGCUUUUAUUUUGCCUUUUCGUUAAUGAUGUACCCCAUUUAUUUCAGAAUGGUAAGCCUUUCAUGUUUCCGAUGAUCUUAAAGUUGCAUAUCGAUAUAAGCCGGUAGAUCGUGACAUCGUGCUUGAGCUCCUAAAGAGCGACCUACAGGCUUUCGCCUAGUGCUGCCGCAUAUGGAGCCUUUCUCUUUCUUGGCAUAAGUGCUCAGUCAUGGUUGUUGGCGACGACCGCCAACCUCAACUAAAUAUUGAAGGUCACUCCAUAAAUGUGCCCAGGGUUAUAAAGGAUCUGGGCAUAUCAUACUCCAAGAGUCUCAAUCUCUCGGAGCACUGUGUCUUGAUAGUCUCCAAAGCACGCAGAACGACGGGGUUUAUCCUCCGAAACUUUAAAACUAGGGACAUCAGAAUGCGCCUUUACAACAUGUACGUUAGACCUGGUCUGGAAUACUGUUGGUUUUUUUCGGCCUCAUGCGUGCUACUGAGCUGAAGAAAAUAGAAUCCGUUUGACACUUUUUACCAAGAGAGUUUUAACCCCAGCACACCGACACUUGUCUAACCAAGAACGUUGCCGGUUUACGGGCCUUGACGCUUUUUGGUUCCGUAGAUUACAAAAGGGACUAUUUUUUCUAUUUAAACUCUUAUAUAAUCACAUAUUUUACCCACUCACUUCUUUAAGACAUCAUAUCCACCCACGACGUAACAAUCGCCGUGAGGUCUUUUUAUUUCUGCCUCUGGCACGUACUGUUAAAUAUCGUCGGUUCUAUUCUGUAAAUGCACUUGCUAUUUGGAAUAAACUACCAAUGAUUAUGAAAACUCUGCAAAAUUAUCCUUUAUUUGAGAGAACUAUUACUCGAUUUUUGCAUUCAGAAAAGCUUCCUCAAAUUUUGGGUUCUGAAUCCACUGAUCGACUGUACCGUAGCGAUGACGUUUGUGGUCUCUGAACACUAUGGCCGGUCUCACCAUCUGUUCCUCAACGCCUCUACUUUGACUAUCCCCAACUUCAUGAAAGGAAUUGACGUCCGAUAAUCUCCGAUACCGUGAAACCCCCUCCCCCCUUUCUUGACGGUCGAAAAUCUACCGCCAGCAAUUUUUUUUUCCCCUGAACCCUUCAAACCAUAAAAACCAUCAUCAACUAUAUUUUUCUUCUUCGGGAGUUUUUUUUCACUGCUGGUCGGAUUUGUGUUUAAUCGCUUCCCUUGCCAAUGCCUGUAAACUGGCAUUUAAUAAAUUAAAUUAAAAUUAAAUUACACCAACAAAGAGCGCUGGCAGCUUGCCCUUCACAUGUGUAUCAAGCUAUAAUACAAAAAGUCAAGUGAGGCAGCCAAAUAAAGACGUUACAGCAUAUAUCACGGACGCGAGCAACUUAGCAACUGAUCUGGAUACAGCCAUAAAGGUAGUCUAGAGUCUGAGACUAAAUCUACGGCCAACAAAAGAGGGCAGAAUACAACCACCAGUUUUUUUCCCGAGAGAUCCCGUUGUGUGGUAGUGCAAGGAGUUCCUGAAGCACCUGGUGACACCCCGAAAGAAAGGGUGAAACACGAUCUCCUGACAUUCCAAAACCUACUCGAUGACACGCAAGAACCCGGUUAGGUCGUCGAAAUCCAACAGAUCUUCCGUUUGGGACCUUCAGUAAGAAACAACGCAUGCAAAGUGCGGCCGAGACCACUAAAAGUCGUAUUGCGAAACGAAAAGCAAGCAAAUCUCAUCUUGUCGCGAAUGUCCAGGCUUCGAAAUAACUAUCGUGGUGUUUUUUCAGCCGGACUUUCACCCAAUCGAAAGAAUAAAAAUGAGGACGCUGGUAGCGGAACUGAGAAAACGUCAGAGCGAGGGCGAAGUGAAUCUGAAAAUAGCAAACAACCAAAUUGUAAAAAUAGAGCGUUCCUUAUUGUGGAAUCAUCCGGCGACAUUGACGAUAAAGGCACCGGCGCUCGGUUCCGACAAACUCCAGUAAAUUCAAAAUCGACUAGUGGACUUGGUACGCCAGGAGAAAUAUGCAGCAAUAACUAUCAGUCAAAAGCACCAGCGAACAAAUUCCAGAGAUCUAAACAGCAGAAUAACAUAAAAUGAUGUACACAAAUGUGCUGAAUUUAUUCAACAAAUUGGAUGAAAUAAAACUCACUGUGGCCCAUUUCCAAACCGACUUGAUAGCUUUAACUGAAACAUGGUUAAAUGCGCAGAUAGAAGACACGGAAGUUAUGCUAUAUGGUUUCCAGAUUCUCCGAAUUGACCGAAGCGAACGAAGGGGUGUGGAGAUUGCAAUAUUUAUACGAGAUGGCAUCGACUACGUCAGGGUUGAGUCUUCCCCAUUAGAAGCGAAGAGACGGGUCCCAGGAAGUAGUCUUUUCAGUAUUCAGUAUAGUCAGUAUAUUUGGUAAGGAUAAUAGGCAAAGCCUUUGAAAACCCUACUGAUUACAUUUCAGCUCGUUAGAAGUAACUGUACACGAACAAAAAAUAUUCACUAUGAAAACAGUACUUGGUUCAUUUGAGUAGCAUUGUCUCAGAGAAAAUAUUUGUGGGGACCAGGGGUAUUAGUUCAGAUUCAGACCGUCGAGGGAAAACAGGGGACACAAAUAAUCAUCCAAGCGUUUCUUGAAGAGUUGCAGGGAUGUAGCCUCCACGACUGACUGAGGGAGAUCGUUCCAUUUCUCCACUACUCUGCGUGAAAAAUUCAGAACGGAGAUUCAGCCUGGACAUUGUUGUCCGUAACUUCAUCGAGUGACCACGAAGAUAGGGUGAAAGGUGCCACUGAAACAUGUCCUCAAAUUUAAGUCCAUACUCAAGGCCAUGUAUUAUCUUGUAGACGAGGAUAAGAUCACCCCUUUGCUGCCUGUAACACAGAGGGAAUAAAUUAAGGCAAUUCAGUCUGUCUGUGUAGGAAUGGCUUUUUAGACCGUUUACCAGCUUUGUUGCACGCCGUUGUACCCGUUCGAGGCAUUCUUGGUCCUUUACCAGCCAUGGCCGCCAUGCUUGUAUGCCAUAUUCUAAGUGGGGCCGAACAAAUGUGCCGUAAACUCUCCAAAAAAGGUCUUGGUCAAAAUUUACGAAAGUCCUUUUUAUUGCAUGCAGCACUCCCAUGGCGUUUUUUUGCAGCCUUGUGGCACCGCAGUGUUGGUUUCAGGUUGUUCUGUAUCCAAACCCCGAGAUCCUUCUGUGAAGAUUCUGCGGGGAGCCUUAUAUCUUUCAGGUGAUAAGUCCUCAGGCUCUCAUUUGAAUGAGAGUUGGUUGGACGCAGAUGAAGGACGGCACACUUCUCCACAUUGAAAUCUAGAAGCCAUUUCUUCGACCACGCUUGCAGUCGGUGCAGAUUAUCUUGAAGGGAUCUCUGAUCAUUCGGACCCUUAAUGACUUGCCAGAGCUUAACGUCGUCUGCAAACAUUAUUUUGCCGCAGUCGAGUUCCUGAAGGCUGUCGUUAACGUAAAGGAUGAAGAGCAAUGGUCCCAGAACUGAGCCUUGUGGCACACCACUGGUCACAUUCACCCAUUCUGACACAUCAUCCCCGAUACAGACACGUUAUUUCCGACCACCCAGAAACGCCCUAAUCCAGUUCAGAAGAUCUCCCCGGAUGCCGAUGCCGCUCAGUUUGUGAAGAAGACGUUGGUGUGGGACAGUGUCAAAAGCUUUGCGGAAAUCGAUGUACACGACAUCGACCUCAAAACCCUCUUCUACAGCCCUGGUCCAGAUUUCCAGACAAGUUAG